CGCGUAAACUUCCGGUAGACUGAAGUGAAAAGUGAAGUUGGAAAGUGAGUUUAUUUUAUGAAACAGCUGUGGGUAUAUGUGAUAGAACCAUGAGUUCCAAGGAGUUAUUACUAGUUGAUGGACAAGCCGAAAAGAAAGGUGGCCACAAUAAGCAAGCUGUCAUCAAUCAACAGAUGAUUGCUAAUUUCACUACAAACUACAAAGGACUUUACACUUUGAAGUACAAGAAGAGGAAAGAAGCAAAGGGAUCAACAAUAUCGGAUAUUGAGAAGAAGUUUGCCGAAUGUGGUACAGUAACUGAGGUUGAUGGAGAUGAUUGGUGGAUCUAUUUGCGGUUUGCAGUGAAGGAUCAUGCUGUUGCAGUACUCAAGACAUUUGGAGAAAAACUCAAUAUAAAAAUUGUAUCCGAUUCUUAUAUGCUAAAGGAUGGGACUUACGAGAGACUUGUGGAAGUCUAUGUUGGAAAUAUUCCUCCUGUUAUUGGAGAGAAUGAACUGGAAGAAUUAUUGUCCAAAUAUUCACCAUUCAAACUCAAAUUUAACCACAUUUCUAAUGAUCCUGGAAAAAGGUUUCGGUCCGCUUUUGUUAAGUUUUCUCAUGUUAACAAGAGUAAAGCUGAGGAACUGAUCAAGGAAAUAGAUGGCAAAAUGUGGAAAGGGAAAAAACUGUAUGCUGGCCAUGUUAAAAGCAAAGCCGAACGCCAGGCCACCCAGAAAGAUGGAGAUGAAGAAUCGGCCAUCAGUGCCACGACACCUAAGUCCGGACAGGACGCCUCUUCAGGGAUGAUGGCCAAACCCCUUCACCGAACAUCCUCCCAUGACUCCAAAGGGUUUCCUGGCACCAUCCCUAAAAUGCUGCCUUCCAGGCGGGAAACAGUCGCUGACAAUGACAGUCCCAGUAGCCAAGCUGGCAAAGCCUGGUGGAAAAAGACCUAAACAACAUACUAAUGUACUUUAUUGAGCUAAUGGUACUGUGGAUGGGGGGGUGUACUUUAUUGAGCUGGUCAGA